GUGGAUAGACCAUACAAAGUUGCUGCAUUGUGUCUGGGGCUGCUCUGUGUUCUCCUACUGGCUGGGAUCAUAGGCCUGUGUGUACACUGUAGUUUAGUAUGUUUUCACUAAAACAUUGAUCAUCUUCAGUGAUGUAAUUAUUGAUAAAUGUUUUCAAUGUUUCACUGUUCCCCUAGUCACUGGUCAGCAUUAUUCUCCAGGGAGAGACCAGCUACAGACCAGCUACAACAACUUGACUAAAGAGAGAGACCAGCUACAGACCAGUUAUAGUACCCUGACUAAAGAGAGAGACCAGCUACAGACCAGUUAUAGCACCCAGACUAAAGAGAGAGACCAGCUACAGACCAGUUAUAGCACCCAGACUACAGAUAGAGACCAGCUACAGAGGGAGACAAUCAGACUGAACAAGAAGCUCAAAGGUGAGUAAAAUGACUAAUGACUUCAUUAGAAGUCUUAUCUGUUUCAUGUGUUUUUCUUGCUACUUCAUUCAAUGUGAGUGGUAUCAAUCAAUGUUUGUAAAUAAAGUAAGGACAACUUCUAGGGAGACCUUGUCAAGAAGGAUGGAUGAAGUUUGAAACCAGCUGUUACUUCCUCUCAACUGUGAAUAACACCUGGGAGGAGAGCAGACUGUGCUGUCUAAGGAGAGAAGCUCACCUUGUGAUCAUAAACAACAGAGAGGAACAGGUGAGAGAGAGAAAGACAGAGAGAGAGGGAGAGGUGGGAGAUAGAAAGACAGAGAGAGAGGAACAGGUGAGAGAGAGAAAGACAGAGAGAGAGGGAGAGGUGGGAGAUAGAAAGACAGAGAGAGAGGAACAGGUGAGAGAGAGAAAGACAGAGAGAGAGGGAGAGGUGGGAGAUAGAAAGACAGAGAGAGAGGAACAGGUGAGAGAGAGAAAGACAGAGAGAGAGGGAGAGGUGGGAGAUAGAGGCUAUGUAUGAGCAAUGGUUUUUUUUCUGUGCCGUAAUAACAGAUAUUUAUCAAUGGGUUAAACGGAGCAAAUAAACAAAUCUGGAUUGGUCUGACUGACUCAGUUGCUGAGGGAACCUGGAAAUGGGUGGACGGCACACCACUGACCACCACGUAAGACAUCUGAAGAGUUCUGUGUCAAUUACAAAUCACUGACUGGAGUAGUAGGCUCUGAUAGAGUUGACAGUUUGAUUCUAUGUGUUGUUUCUACUGCAGGUAUUGUGGGGAUGGACAGCCUAAUAGCUGGAAAGAAACAGAGCAGGACUGUGGGGAGUUACUACACUGUUCAACAGACCCAGGGGAGUGGAAUGACGAAAGAUGCUCCGUUGAACAAUACUGU